AUGGAUGACAAACCCCCACCUAAUCCUUCAUCAUCGAAAUCCCAAUAUAAUGCCGAUAAACAAACGGAAGCUGGUGCAGGUAUUACAAAUCAAGAUUUUCGACAAAAUCAUCCCCAACCUCAAGGCACACGGGUGCAACAACCACCACCUAUGCCCCACGAGUUGACUGCCGAAUGGACGGUAAGAGCUCAACUGCGUUUUGCACGAGCGGGUGAAACUGUGCGUAAAGAUUUCAGUACCAACGAUCCUAUUAAUCCCGUACGAGUUGUCUACAAAUGGACUACUUUGGAUGCGGAUGGUUCCGAGAUACACCAUCAUCAUCAACCCGAAGAGGAUGAUGUCAAGCAUACGAAUAUUUUUAAACGUAAUUCAUCACGGUCAUCGGGUUAUUCACAUCAGGAUCCGGCAAAGCCAUCAACUAAACCUUCAAAAAUACCUCAAAAACAGGAAAGUUUUCGUUCGACAACAUCAUCGACAACGGGAUUUGGUGGUGGAGAUUCGGCAUUCAGCGGUUCAAAUACCUCACAUCACAACAAAACGAAAAAAGAUGGAAAAUCGGCUGACUCUGGGAAACCCUACUAUGGUACUCGAUGUCGUAGUACCUGCAAUAUUAUUGUAUCGGCAGUGGCAGAUUUUUUACCACCACCGGGAAGUAAUGGUGAGGCGGGAGGAGUUGCAGCAGAAGAUGACGCCGGUAUGGAUGUGGGUGAUCAAUCACAUGUAAGAAGGCAAUUUGUACGAGAAGAAGAACCAGAUCCAUUUGUUUUCAACACAACGGCUUGUUAUACUGUUUUACCCGAAAAGUCUAAAACAAUAGCGGGACGUGUUCACACCCCUGCCGAUGAUGCCAUUUAUAGGUCAUUCACAUGGGACAGGCACAUUAGGCCAAGCAAAAAAAGUGUUUCCACCAUUUCCUCCUCCUCCACUUCGUUCACCUUUUUUGGGAAAAUUCUCAACCUCAAGGAUGCCGUAUGCCAGACAAGUGACACAGAAACCAAAUAUUUCGAGGAAUACGAACACAAACGUUUCAAGCAAUCACACAGUCCAUUGGAACGUCGGGACUCGAGAAGAUCCUAUGAUCAUCGCAGAGCCACCGCCGAGGCAUUAUUGCAAACACCCAGAUAUGCAAGUGGUGCAAACGAGGGAAACACAUUUAUGCCUUCGUAUUUAUCCUCGCCCAAAUCUCCACAGGCUUUUAAAUCGGCCUCCAUGCCACGAAUACCCUCUAUCGAAGGUGAAGAUGUGUCUAUGGGUGCUAACUUUGGACCCCUGGGAUCCCUGCCGGCCUUUAUGGCCUCCAACAAGACCGUACAAUCCGGUGCGGAUGUCCAGAAAAAACCUCGAACCGUACACAUUGAUGUCUACUGUACCGGUUCGGAAGAUGAAGAUCAUGCUGAUGCGGAAUCUAGCUCCGAAUCCGAAGAUAAUCGGAGACAUGAUCAGGAAUCAAAUUCCACCUUUCAAACGGUACUGGACAAUGAACAAAUGCGCUUGCGACAUCAGAGGAUGAGUGGUGCAGCCCUACCCAGACGAUUGGGAGGAGCUAAUCAACAACAGCAGCAGCAAAAAUCUUCUUCCGAAUUGAACUCCUCCUCCUGCAAACCCAGUGAACCUCAAAGUCCCAUAAUCUCAGGAGAUUUACAAUUGGGCCAUGGCAUAACCAAGUCCAGUACCACAGAUGAGGUCAACGAAUCGAAGCAUAUUCUCUUCCGUAAACAUAUUGGUGACCAGCGAGCCAUUAAAUUGGCCAAUUUAAGGCAAAAAUAUUUACGGCAGUCUUCCGAAGAUGUGGCCAGCUUGGGUUAUCCCAGUUCCACCAGAUCGACGGUACUCGACAAUACUUGCAGCAGCAUGUCCAGUGUUUUAGCGGGACAUGAUGUCACAGAUGCCCAUUGGAAAGAUGUGGCCGCUGGCGGGGAAGAUAAUGAAGAUUAUUCUCUUACGAAAUCGGAAAGUUUUGAAUAUGAAAAUGCCUUGGAUCGUUUGAGGAUAAGGCAAAUGGAACGCCUAUGGUCGAGAAGUCAUUCAAAGGAGGAUGAAUCGGCGCAAAAUAAUCCAAUGGCUUUGCAUCAGCCCCAUCACCAGAUGCAUCCUCAUCAGCAGCAUCCACAUUUACAAACAAUUGCCGAAAAUAAUAACAACAAUAACAGAAGGUUGCAACGUGAUGACACCUUACCCUCUGAAUCGGAUUUCACAUCGGAAACCGAUCAAUUCUAUAGUUAUCCUACAUCGAUGCAUCAACAGCAACGUACCACAUCGCCUGCAUUUCAACAAACUCAACAUUUUACCAAAAAUCGUCCCGGUUUCUUACAUUUCUUUGGGCCACAAAAUGAACUGCACCUACCACCACCCGAACAACCAAUGUCCGCACCCAUCGAAGGAUCACUACUCUAUCCGAAUUAUCAACCGAGUUUGCAGCGAUGGAAAAGUGAAACACGUGAAAAUCUAAGUGCCACCGCAACACCAGCUCUAACACCCACCGAACUGAGUCGUCAUGCAUCACCACAACCCCAAGCCACAGGUCUCUCGUUUCAACGUAGCGGCAGUGAGGCUCCACCUACCACAACCAGUGCCUCUACUUUCCCCGUUGCCACUCCCACACCGGCAAGACGUUUAGAUCUAUUUCAAACCUAUCGUCAAAGUCCAGCCAUGAGUGAGGCCUCUACAGGUCUGCCUCCACCCGGGUAUUCUUCCGAAUAUUUGGACAAGGCCAGUAAAUUUGGUAAGGUGGUGGCCGCCCGUAAACCGGGUCAUCAUGUAGGACCAACAAAAAAUCCCAACUGUUCCUGUGAAAGUUGUCAGCGUUGGAUGGCUGAACGUUUUCAGGUGCGAGGUCGUGCAUUUUCUUUGGGAGAAUCACCGGUACUAAGGAGAACUAAAUGA